AUGGUCACAGGAAAGGGGUUCAGAAGAGGGGAGCAGCUGGAGCAAAUUGCCCCAGGACCCGACCAUUCUCAUAGCAUUAACAUAGCAUUCUCAUUUUUCAGGGUAACGGAUCACAUCCUCGCCAUGGCACGACCUAGUACAGAAAUAAUAAAGAAAAAGAACAUUGUUCAUCAGUUUUUAAGCGCUGGCAUUCGGUCGAUCAUAAACCUGCAGAUCCCUGGAGAGCAUGCGAGUUGCGGGGCCUCUCUGGAAAGCAGUGGUUUCACAUAUAACCCUGAUAUCUUCAUGGAGAAUAACAUUUAUUUCUACAACUUCGGCUGGAAGGACUAUGGCGAAGCGACGUCGAGCGGCCUCCUGGACAUGGUGAAAGUGAUGGCGUUCGCCCUGGAGGAAGGAAAGGUCGCCGUCCACUGCCACGCAGGGCUUGGCAGAACGGGCGUUUUGAUAGCUUGCUAUCUAGUGUAUAGCUUGCGAGUGCGUGCCAAUGACGCCAUUCGCUUCGUCAGAUUAAAACGCCCAAAUGCAGUACAAACGAGA